UUUUCUUCUGUGGGCCCAGCACCUCCUCUUGGAAAUGGACGGAAAAAGAGAAAACAACAAAGGCUGGUCAAAGAAAAAAAGGCGCAAGUAGGCUGUGAGCUUGAGCUCGCUGAUAUGGACGCAGAUAUCUCAUCCUGUCUCUUCUUCUUCUUCUACUUCUUCAUGCAGUCGUUCCACUGUUAGUUUCAAAAUCGAUUUUUAGAGAGAGGGAUGGAAGGGAUGGGUAGCAUAGAGCACUUCUUGCAUCCAAGCCAUCGAUUGGUACCAGCGUAUUACGCAGCUGGAACAGAGUACCUCUGCAAUGGUUUGCAAUUUCAAGGGAAUACACAAGGGGUAUCGCUGCAAUCUUUGCAAUUUCAAUCUGCAUCAAUACUGCGGGACUUGCCCUAGAAUCCUCUUCUCCUUCAUGCACCCACACCCACUCAUUCUGUUAACCGGCCUAUCACCGGACGACACCGUGCGUAUAAGUUGCAAUGUGUGCGGUGACCAUGUCGACGGACUCGUCUAUCGGUGCCACCACUGCGACUUCGAUGUGCACCCACUUUGCACCCAACUGCCUCAAUAUGUGCGCCACGUCUACGACCCACUCCAUCCCUUGAGACUCAUCCGCUCAUCAUCACAAGUUUUGUGUGCUGUUUGUGGUGGUUCUUGCACUUCUUGGCACUACAGCUGUGGGGUUUGUGGCUUUGAUAUUCAUUUCCAGUGUGUGGUUGUUUCUGCACCGUCUGAUCCAGCAACGGUAACACGUGCGAUUCGGCCACCAAAUGGAGUUUCUUCUGAGCAUGUGUGCUGCACUAUGAAAGCUCAAAGAGACUUUGACUUUGAAUUCCCACCGCCGCCGCCGCAGCAGCAGCAGCAAGAAUAAGAUUUGAU